AUGCGAUUCGCUUCCCUUGCCCUUGCCCUCGCGGGCUCUGCCGGCGUGGCCGUGGCCGACUGCAGCAGCUACACGGCAUAUCCCGACGAUGGCGAGAUUGCGCUGUACCGCAACUACAACUGCCACGGGAAAUAUUCCAACGUCGGCGCCAUGAACACGUGCGUGAGCAAGGUUGACUUUGACGCCUGCUCUGCCAUUACAAGGAAGGGCGUCACCUGCGACAUUUACAAAUCCAACGACUGCGAUGGAGGGUACAUUGCUACCAUUGACUCGGACGGCUACCGAUACUUUUGCGGGUGGGUGGUUGAUACCGUCAAGAGUGUUCGGUGUCGCUCGGCCUAA